AUGAACAUAACGGAAGUUGAUGGAUAUGACUUGCUUGUUUCUUCGGAAAAGUAUGUCACCGAAGACCAGAAGGUCGCUAUUAAUCAGGAAACACAAUGUGCUGUGAUGAGGAAAAACCAGUGUAAAUCUGAGAUACCUCAAACAUUUUGUCAAGAGAAAAACUUAUUUGAUAAUGAUUAUUACAUUCAUGAAAAAUUUAAGCAGACAGAAACCGUAUAUAAACAUAUCAUAGAAGAGCCAGCCUGGUGUGAAGAAGCCAACCAGACUGAUCUUGACUUGUAUAUGCAAACUAAAUAUCCACCUACUUAUAUUAAGGAGGAAACCGCCUCCGGUGAGGAAGGAAAUAUCUCCGUCACUGACAUUUAUACACCCACAGAAUGUACACAGACAGAAUAUCCAUAUAUCCCUGAUAUGGAGGAAUCAAUCUCCCUGACAGGUCCUACCUCACAGAAGAUUAACAUUCAACCCUCAUCUUAUCAUGAGCUACAAGACCAGGGCAAUAGCAAUAGCACUAGCUUUACAGGUUUUAAGGUUUCAUCUUUAAGUUCAGAGCUCCUUAACUAUAAAAAAGUUUAUAAAGGAAAGAAAAUUAAUGGUAAGGAAUCUGGGAAACCAUUCAUCUCUAAAGCAAAUGUUGUUGCACAUCAAUGUUUAAAUCAGUAUUCACAUCUUCCCAGAUCUUGCAAAUACCAGCAAGGAAAGGAAUCACUGUCUUGUAAUCUGUGUGGGAAGUCCUUUGUUAAGAAACAGGCUCUCCAUGGACAUCAGCGCAUUCACAGAAGAGAAAAGCAAUUUUCUUGUUCUGAAUGUGGAAAAUGUUUUGGUCAGAAAUCAACACUUGGUUGUCAUCUGAGGACUCACACAGGAGAAAAACCAUUUCCUUGCUCUGAAUGUGGGAAAGGUUUCACUCAGAAAGCUAUGCUCAUUUCUCAUAUAAGAACUCACACAGGAGAGAAACCAUUUUCAUGUUCAGAAUGUGGGAAAUGUUUCAGUUGGCAGUCAGGUCUCUAUACACAUCUGAGGAUUCACACAGGAGAGAAACCAUUUCCAUGUUCUGAAUGUGGGAGGUGUUUUAAGGAUAUGUCAACUCGUAACAGACAUGCGAGGCUUCACACAGGAGAGAAACCAUUUUCUUGUGCUGAGUGUGGGAAAAAGUUCAGUCGGAAGGCAAUGCUUAAUAAUCAUGAGAAGACUCACACUGGAGUGAAACCAUUUUCUUGCAUAGAAUGUGGGAAAUCUUUCUAUCUGAUGUCACGUCUUAAGGAUCAUCAGAGGAUUCACACAAGAGUGAAAUAA